CCUCCUCCGAGCUGCCCACUAGGGGAUGGCACUGCCAAGAAAGCCUAACAUGUUUGAUCUGGGCCUGGGCACGUGGAGCCUUAGCUCCCGAGAGGAGAACCAGAGGGCUCAGGCGCCCUCCAAGAGUGUCGGGAAGCAGUUGCCCGAGUACAAGGCAGUGGUGGUGGGCGCGAGUGGCGUGGGCAAGAGUGCGCUCACCAUCCAGCUGAAUCACCAGUGCUUUGUGGAAGACCACGACCCCACGAUCCAGGAUUCCUACUGGAAGGAGGUGGCCCUGGGCCACGGGGUCUGCAUUCUGAAUGUGCUGGACACGGCAGGGCAGGCCACUCACAGGGCCCUGCGUGACCAGUGCGUGGCUAUUGGAGAUGGUGUGCUGGGUGUCUUUGCCCUGGAUGACCCCUCGUCUCUAGCCCAGUUGCAGCAGAUGCGGGCCACCUGGGGCCCUCGCCACACCCAGCCCCUCGUCCUUGUGGGCAACAAGUGUGACCUUGUGACCACCACCGGAGAUGCUCAUGCUGCAGCUGCCGCCCUCGCAAAGAGCUGGGGAGCCCCCUUCGUGGAAACUUCAGCCAAGACACGGCAAGGUGUAGAAGAGGCCUUUACCCUGCUCAUUCAUGAGAUUCAAAAGGUCCGGGAGGCCAUGGCAAAGGAGGCCAUGGCAGGGGCAAGUGGAGAUAAGAGCCGACACCAGAAGGCCAUGUGCCACUGUGGCUGUUCCGUGGCCUGAAGCUCUUGGUCAAGAAAAGUGGCCUUCCCCCAGGCCAGGGUGGUGGUUCCUAGGCAUGAGAUCCCCAGAGCAACUAGCUGUGUGGGACACUGUUGGUGUGUUGGGAUAUAAGAAUCC